UGUGUCAUUUGUCAUUUGUGACUGUUGUCAACUUGGAAAUCAAAAUCAAAUUACAAACUGCAAAUAGGAAUAUAAUUAUCAAUAAAUAUAUUUUGUUGGGUGCAGUCCCGUGAAACAUAUUGAAAUAUAUAAUUAUAAACAAAUAUUAAAAACUGUUAAUUCGUAACGGAAAAGCUAAUGGUGAUGUAGAGCAUUCGUUCAUCAUAACAUGGAAGUUUCAGGUGCAGGAAAAGCACCAAACACUUCCUUAUCGUUUCGCUACAACCCCAACAAUGAAGAACUUGAAGAACUAUUCCAGGGUUGUGAAGAUGACCCACCAACACCUCAGCCUGAACCACCAGUCCGAAGUGAGAGUGCUAGCCCAAAAAAGAUGGAAAAAUCAUCCUCCAUAAUAGACAAAUAUUUUAAAUCUAUGAGAAAUGAAAAGCCUGUUGAAAAAGUUGAAGAAGCCAAAACUGACCCCAAAGAUGCAAAAGUUGAUGAAAAAAAAGGUGACACACCUAAAGAGGUGACAUCCUCUCCUAUGAAGGAGUAUUUGAACCGUCUUGGUAAGAGGAGCACUUCAGAAGUAGUUACAGAAGUUAAAGAUAAGGAAUCCAAUGAGACGUGGAAAAUAUUCCAUGAUUUCAAGUUUAAAAUUGCUCAAGCUGUUGAGGAUAUGAAGACACGCUCAGUUGAAGAAAAAGAAAAAUCCUUGCCAAGAGAGAACUCUACAGAUUCUGAGGAUAACUCGGCAAUAAAGGAUUCUGACCAGCAGAGUAUGGGUGAUACAGAUAAUCAGGUAUCAUCACUGGAUAGCAGUAUACAGAAUUUAUCGGAUUUAACUCAACCGUUAACAGCCAAGCCUACAGACGCUGAUCUUAGCAAGGAAUUGAGUUUGAACAAAAGUCAUUCGGAGUCUAGCGAUGACACACAUAAGAAUUUAGCUCGUAGCGAAUCAGAUAUAGCGGGAGAAUUCUUACAAGACAGUUUAGAAGUGGAGUCAGGAGUAGAAGCCCUUGAAGACACGAUAGACGCAUUCGGAGAUCAAGUAGAGACAGAUAUUGAGAACAGAACACAAAAUUCAGAUGUGAUCCGACCGCCCCCUACACCCACAAACUUUGGAUUGCCACCCAGCAAAAACAAUUUACUCAAAGAAGAAUCCACAAGAAAACCAAAAAAAGUUUAUUUGUUCAAAUUCUCAAUGUAUUUACUAACAAUUUUUCUUAUUAUAAACUUUUUACUGUUCCCAAAUUGUAAUAUAUGGAAUGGAUUCUGGUUGGGAAUCUGGUUCUUCUGUUUUAUAAGUAACGUGAAAGAUUGGGUGCUGGACAAUUACUUUAGUGAGUGGGAACCUCGGAAAACCUUUUUCCAGUUAAAGAACACAAAUACAGUGCCGUUUGCGUAUACGAUACCUUCGGUCAAGGAACACAGGCCGUUGAAGAAAUAUGAGGGUUGGAUUAAUCACUACAGAUAUCCAGACUAUGACCCUUACUCGUACCAUAUAAACAAAACAACGACUGCAUUCAUGAAACUAGAAGGUUGCAAUUUAAGAAUAUCGUACACUAGCACGAAAAUAGCCAAAAGAGCGUUAUGGGAUGAAAAAAUUGAGAACAUAACAUUCUACCAGCACAGAUUGUACAACCUAACGGGAGCGAGGGUUAUUAUGCUGCCCAAUGGCCUUGUAAAGAGACGGCAAUGGAGCAAAAAAUAUCCAAUCUGCGUAAUAUUGGACGAAAGAGAAAAAAUUCAAGUGUUGGAAAAGGAGAGUACGGCUGAUAAGAAACUACCUGAAACCGGGGAGAAGAAGAGUAAAGACCAACCACAAGAGACGGAGAGCAUAGAAACUAAUACUAGUCCCGAAAAAAAGAAAAAGUUUGUUUGGAGAAGGAGAGAAAAAAGUAUAUCUCACAAUGAAGCUGAACCGGGUAAAGAAGGCUUGCGUCAUAGAAUAGUUAGGAAAAUGCAUAGAGAUAAGAAGACAGACAGCACGACGACAGGCACUGAACCCGACAGCCAAGGCCAACCAGAUAAGAGCACGCAGUUAGAGGAAGUGGAAACCGAAGUGGAUGUCACCGCCAAAUCCACCAUCAGUACUAAAGAAGACGACGAAGAGUUGGACGACAACGAACUGACGAAGAUUAAGGAGUUUUUGGAAGAGACUGAUUUGGACCCCGGUAACGAAGGCACGGCGGAGGGCGAGUGGAGCAUACACGUGAAGCACUCGAAGGACAAACACUCGCGGUUGUAUCUCUUCGCGCGCACCGGCCGAGAUAAGCACGAAUGGUAUCGCCGUCUACUCACAGCGGUAUCGGAAGCGAACGCAUCGCAGGACAACUCAAACUCUGAAGAAAAGUCUGGAAGCGACACAGUCCAGGAAACUAAAGAUGGUGUCGAAUUAUCCGCCUAUAAGAUAACUGAGAAGGACACUGUUGCGUUUGCAAAGAGUAAAAAUAAUGAUACCGUAUCAGAAGGCGUCACGAUUACAACACCAUCACACCCAGUCCCUACGAGUGUGGACUCAUAUGAGAAAUCUUUUUGGCCUUAUUUGCAGAAAAUCAUACAGGUUCAAAACCCAUCCCCUGAUUGCGAGUGUCGAUUGCUGCCCGCCGAGGCGACAUGGGUCAACACAGUCGUAGCAAGACUCAUGUACGACGUCAUGCGGGACCCGCAGAUGAUCGCGCGCGUACAGAAUAGGAUACAGAGGAAACUUAACACACUAAAGUUACCAUCAUUCAUGUCGCCAUUGAUGGUGACGGAGCUGCGCCUGGCGGGUGCGUGUCCACUGCUGAGUGGCGUUGCGGCGCCCACGUGCGACGCACGUGGCCUAUGGCUGCACGCUAACCUGAGAUACGACGGCGGCGCCACCAUCACCAUACUCACCCAGAUCAACCUUAUGAAGCUGAAAGAGAAAAAUGUCGCACUGGAAGAACAAAUAAUGGAAACAAAUGAAACUAUAAUUGAAAAUGAAAUUCUGCAAUCGAGGAAGUCGUGCGUUUCACCGGAAUUAAAAAGAAAAAAGCCGGCCAUUUACGACUCGGAUGUGGAAGACUCAGCAGAGUCAAGUAGUGAUGAUGAGAGUCCACCUGUGCAGCCGGUUGACAGCGCUGAGAACAUGGUCGUCACUGACUCCACUACAUCAACAACUGAAGGCGGCUCUUCAAAGAAGAAAUUCCUUCGUAUUGUCGACAAGAUCGCUACAAACAAAUAUUUUCAACAGGUUACCGACUAUAAGUACGUGAAACGUGCUAUGGAAGGGCUGUCGAACACGGACAUCAAACUGCAGCUGGAAGUGAACGGUUUAGAGGGCAGGCUUGCUAUAAACCUGCCGCCGCCUCCGCACGAUCGACUAUGGAUUGGCUUCUCAACAAACCCGCAGCUUGUACUGAAAGCGCGACCCGCGGUCGGCGCUAGGGCGCUCCGGUUUGCUCACAUCUCCAAUUGGAUCGAACAGAAGCUCACUAAGGAGUUCGAGAAGGUUCUAGUCUUGCCCAAUAUGGAGGAUUUCAUCAUCGACGUGUUGACGCCUACGCCUAUAGACUUUGAGUAAAUAGGUGAUUACUUUCACUAGCCUUUAUUCACUAAGGCCUGGGCCUGAUUUCUUAUCGUUAUUAUGGAUCCACCCACACAUGCCUGGAAUGCCUGGCGGCAAGUGUGGAUCAACCAUUACAAAACCUAACUUAGGAAUUUUACUAGAAUUCUCAUUCUAAGGCUGUCAUAAGUCAAACUUAUUUCUCUGUUAAAGAUUUACUUAUUUAACAUUUGUAAAAUGUCCUUACUAAUUUUAAUAAUUUCAAAACGAAAUAUUACAUGGUGAUUUAUAAAUGAUUUCUUGUCCUUGGCUUUAAGGGGAUCGUCUAGUUGUCAAAUUUCAUACAAAAAGCGUUAACGUUUUUCUCCCCGUAAAUGUAGUCAAAUUUUCAUAAUUUUUAGAAAUGUUGUAGAUAUAACAACGAACUAUGCUGAUACGUUUUAAUUGUAAAGAAAUAUUGCUUAUGUUAAAAGUUACUAGCGUCUAAAUAUCUAUGUUUUUUUACCUAAAAUCUUUGGUUUUUUUUUUAAAUGUAAUUCAUUCAUAAUUUUUAUACGCGUUAAUUAAUUCAGCAUUCAUUGGGCGAAAGAAUAUGCGCGUUGCUUAGCGAUACAGGGUUUAAACAUUGGACUGCAAAACGAUACACGAUUUAUGCCUGUAAAUUGUAGAAUUUAUAGUAACGUUUCAUCACUACAGGUGUUAGCUCGCACUGGCAUCAUUUUUUACGAGCUAUGGGCCAGGUAUCACCACAGUAACAUCCUAUUAAAAACUGUCCUGGCUUGUCAACUAGCUUACUAGUUUACUAGCUUAGAAAUGAAGCUAGUUUUGUCUACACGAAGCCAGAAGUACUAGCUUGCUAGCUUACUGACACAAGCUUGCUAUCCUAGCUUGAAAAAUUAGCCUCGUGUAGCCCGGGCAUAAGUGAUGCGACGUAGGACCUUUAGGAAAGUAUUUUUUGUAAGUCAUCAAUGUUAUGAUUCCUAAUUUUCAGUCGUACUGUGUUAUACAUAUAAGUGUUAGAAGCAGCAAUGUGUUGCAUUUAUUUGAUACUACUUGUAGUUUAGAAGCAACUUUUUUCUUACUCAAUUGUUCGACUGAAAAAAUUCUACUCGUGAGUUGCUGUUGUAAAAAAUGUUACUUAUGAUAUUUAACCUUGGGAGAUCAAGACGGAUGACACAGAGUUAGAGUACCCAGUUGCAAAAUAUUGUACAUCGACUUUUAGAAAGAGAUAGCGGUUUCGUAGAGCAUUGUCUCUGUCUUUGAGACAGGCAAAACGUCACAUGAGUGACAGAGACAAUGCUCUACGAAGCCGAAAUCCCUUUCUAAAGGUCAAUGUACAAUAUUUUCUGCCGGCUAUUGUAAAUGUUAAGCGAUACUAAUCUUUUAGGUGUUCAGAUAACUUGCACUAAAUAAACACAAAAUGACUUUUUUUUCUUUUUAAAUGUUAAUAUUUUAAUUUUUUUAAAAUUCGUAUCAAGGUUCUAUAUAAAAUAUUAUAGGGUGCUAAUUUUAUUUAUUGGGUUGCAUACAAUCUCUAAACGAAAUGAAUAGGUCUAAAUCUAGUGCUAUCCUUUGCGGCAGAAAGCAUUCUGAAAGAGAUAGCAGUAAGUACCUACCUUUAAAAGAUUGUUUACAUUACACAACCGAAUAAGCAAUUGUGCGAUUAAAAACUAAUAUGAAAAUAAAUGUAUUGCUAUCGCUUUCACAAUACUCCCUGUGGAAAAGGACAGCACUCAAUUUAGUUUGAAGAUUGGGU